AUGGGUGUAGUCGGAAAGUGUCACAAUUCGAUCAGGGCCCGCGAGGCCCACAACCUAAACCCAUGGAGGCAAGAACCAAACCGUGCACUCAGGCGUGAGUCUAACAGAGUCCCAAGCCUGCGUCCAAUACUGGGGAAGGAAAACACCAAAGAAAACACCAAAGAAAACACCAAAGAAGACACCAAAGAAAACACCAAAGAAAACACCAAAGAAAACACCAAAGACACCAAAGAAAACAUCAAAGAAAACACCAAAGAAGACACCAAAGAAAACACUAAAGAAAACACCAAAGAAAACACCAAAGAAAACACCAAAGAAAACACCAAAGAAGACACCAAAGAAAACACCAAAGAAGACACCAAAGAAAACACCAAAGAAGACACCAAAGAAAACACCAAAGAAAACACCAAAGAAAACACCAAAGACACCAAAGAAAACAUCAAAGAAAACACCAAAGAAGACACCAAAGAAAACACGAAAGAAAACACCAAAGAAAACACCAAAGAAAACACCAAAGAAAACACCAAAGAAAACACCAAAGAAGACACCAAAGAAAACACUAAAGAAAACACCAAAGAAAACACCAAAGAAGACACCAAAGAAAACACCAAAGAAGACACCAAAGAAAACACCAAAGAAAACACCGAAGAAAACACCAAAGAAAACACCAAAGAAAACACCAAAGAAAACACCAAAGACACCAAAGAAAACACCAAAGAAAACACCAAAGAAGACACCAAAGAAAACACCAAAGAAAACACCAAAGAAGACACCAAAGAAAACACCAAAGAAAACACCAAAGAAAACACCAAAGAAAACACCAAAGACACCAAAGAAAACACCAAAGAAAACACCAAAGAAAACACCAAAGAAAACACCAUAGAAAACACCAAAGACACCAAAGAAAACACCAAAGAAAACACCAAAGACACCAAAGAAAACACCAAAGAAAACACCAAAGAAAACACCAAAGAAGACACCAAAGACACCAAAGAAAACACCAAAGAAGACACCAAAGAAAACACCAAAGAAAACACCAAAGAAAACACCAAAGAAAACACCAAAGAAAACACCAAAGACACCAAAGAAAACACCAAAGAAAACACCAAAGAAAACACCAUAGAAAACACCAAAGACACCAAAGAAAACACCAAAGAAAACAACUCCAACCACAGAUCUGCCACCAGUACAGCCACAGCAGAGAUACAAAGCUUAUCUAAAGGGGAAGAACUCCAAGAGAUUACAUUGCCAACAACACAUAAUACAAAAAACGCAAGUUCCCGGUUUACACAACAAUUAAAGUCCAAACUUGACGAUCACAUGCUAUCACGCAUCACCAUCACCAUCAUAACAAUUAUCACCAUUACCAUCAAAAUCACCAUCACCAUCAUCAUCAUCAUCAUCAUCAUCAUCAUCAUCAUGUUCACUGACCUAUUAUACACAUAA